UAACUGCGUCCGACAGAGAAAAUUAUGGCUCAAGGGAUUCAACUGGAGCGAGAGAAAUUCUGCUGCUCUCUCUGCACCAAUCUACUCAGGGAUCCAGUGACCAUACCUUGUGGUCACAACUUCUGCAUGAUCUGCAUCAACAGACGUUUGGACAAAGAAGCACAGUCAGGCAUCUACAACUGCCCUCAAUGCAGUGAGAUCUACAUAUCGAGGCCUACCUUGGUAAAAAACAACAUUAUAGCACUUGUAGUCGAACAACUGACGAAGAGUGAAGUCCAACCUGAGGUUCCAGAUAUAUACCGCGAUACUGAAUCUAUAGACGUGGCUUGUGAUUUUUGCACUGAGAUGAAGGUGAAAGCCGUAAAGUCCUGCCUGCAAUGUAUGGCUUCCUACUGCGCCACACAUCUCCAGCCUCACAAUGAGGUGCCUCCUUUAAGGAAACACAGGUUGGUGGAACCAACUGCAAGUCUUGAGGAGAGCAUCUGUCCUGUGCAUCAAGAAGUGAUGAAGGUGUUCUGCCAGACCGAUCAACGGUGCAUCUGUUAUCUCUGCUCCAAGGACAGCCACAAAGGCCACAACAAAGUCUCCAUGUCUGCUGAACGGACGGAGAGGCAGAAGGAGCUUCGGGUGGUUCGGCAAAAGAUGCAGCUGAGGAUCGUAGAGAAGAAGAAAGAUGUGAGGACUAUUCAACAGGAGGAAUAUGCAGUAAGUCAUGCUGCUGAUAGUGCACUGCGUACUACUGAAGUGGUUUUUACAGAACUCAUUAAGGUAAUAGAGAAAAAACUCUCUCUGAUGAAGGAAAAGAUAAAUUCUCAACAGAGCAUUGAACUGGGUCUCUUCAGAAAAGUUCGGUAUAAGGUGGAGGAGGAGAUUCUGGAGUUGAACAGGAAAGAUAUUGAACUGGACAAACUGUCCCGCACAGAAGACCAUGCUCAUUUUCUGCUGAAGUAUCCAUCGUUGUCUCGUCUGAGUAUAUCUAGAGAACAGCCAAGCAUCGGGAUCCACCGCCAGCGAAACUUUGACCAAGUUCCUGCCACUGUUUUAGAGGCCAGAACGAGACUGCACAAGGUUCUCGAUGAAGAAUGUGAAAAGAUUCUGCUUGCAGUUACUAGCUCUACGGCUUUGCCUGAUAUGCCUGAAAAAAAGCCUGAAGAGAAGAUCAGGAAGCCCAGAGUUGAUUUCUAUAAUACUGUAGGAAUUUCCAAACCAGCACAAAGACAGACCACCACUCAGUUUAUGCAAGCCAAACUCUUGCAGAACCUUGAUAGUAACACUCCUUUCAGCUAUAUAAAACCCAAACUUCCUGACCCCAGUGGUAAUUUAAGACUUCCCAGACAAAAGUCUGAAGACUUACCCAGCAGUGAAUACUUCACUGACAAAAAGGCUGAACCAACCAGAAACGUCUUCCCUGACAGGGGACAUGAAAAUCCAGAUGUUAUACCACCAAUUGAUAGACUUGAUGUUUUACCUAUCAGUCCUAUAAGAGGCAACGAAAAUGUUUUAAAAACUAGAGCAAACUUUCUAGAAUAUGCCUGCAAGGUCACACUGAAUCCAGACACUGCAUUCCCCAAACUGUUGCUAACUAAGGAGAACAGAAAAGUAACAUUUGUAAGCGAAGAACAGGAUUACCCCAACCACCCAGACAGGUUUAUUUACACCUGGCAGGUCCUGAGUCAGCAGAGCCUUACUGGCCGCUGCUACCUGGAAGUGGAGAGGACUGGGAAAGGAGUCAUGGUGGCGAUGGCUUACAAAGGCAUCAGCAGAGCCGGGACCUUUAGCGACUGCAUGUUUGGACAGAACGGCACCUCUUGGGGUCUUGAUUGUUUUAAGAACAGUUGCGAAUUCAGACACAACAAGAACAAAACUCCCAUCCCAGGCACAUGGUCCUCCAGAGUGGGAGUGUACCUGGAUUAUAAAGCAGGUAUUCUGGCUUUCUACUCUGUCUCUGAAACUAUGACGCUCCUCCACAGAGUCGAGACCAGAUUCACCGAGCCGCUCUACGUUGGACUCUGGCUGUCAGAUGGAGCAACUGCUGAGAUCUGCAAACUAGUGUAGGGUGGGAUUGU